AUGAGCUCGAACGCGUUUCACUCGAUCACAUAUGCCGUCAUCCUGUCUGGGUGCUCCUUCUUUGUCUUGGUGAGAAUCUUUCAACAUGAAGAAAAAAGUCAUUAUCAUUAGUUAUCUGCAAUGCCGGCUCUGUUCUACGUUGCCAACGAGAUAUCGACCGACUUAGAACAAGCGAGAGUUGAGUUCGAGGAAACUUCGAACGCUCUUUGGAAAACCAUCACAAGCACCGGAAAAUAUAGCCCAAGGGCCGCUAGACAGACUUGUACGUUUUUGGUUUUCGGAAAGAUCAGAGAGUCUGCCUUGCAGACAAAGAGGGCGAAGGGCCAGCUGGCGCGGCUGUAUCUCCCACAGGUAAGUGUCAAGUUACGGUUAGACCAGUAAGAUUAGCGCCGAAACACCUUUUUAUCUAACGGUUAAUCUACCAGCUGACACCGUCGACAAUUCAUGUCCGCCAGGACCAAAAGGAGAGCCGGGAGUACCUGGAGCACCAGGUGAUAGGAACGCUUAAAAUCGGCUGUGUAAUCCUUUGCUGAUUAAAGGUACCGACGGAGAACCAGGCCAGGCGGGAAAAGACGGCACACCUGGUGACAGCUCAGCUUCGUCUCCUGUUUCGGAUUCGUACUGCAGUCCUUGUCCAGCUGGUCCACCUGGAGUGCCGGGAUACAAGGGAAAACGAGGCAGCCGAGGACCAAAGGUUUUCUCAAUACAGUUCGAGAUUUUUAGUCUAAUCAUUUUACAUUACUAAGCAAUGAGUACGGAAAAAUUCCAUCGGAGUGACUAAAUCUUUCAGGGAGAAAAAGGUCCUGCAGGAAAUCCCGGUAGAGAUGGUGCUGCAGGAGAAGAGGGACCUGAAGGAGACUAUGGCCACCCCGGACCAGUGGGACCACCAGGAGAAAAAGGUUAGCAAAAAUAAUAACCUCAUAUUUCUGAAAGAGGUUUUAUUUUUUCAGGACCUAAUGGCGAGGACGCCAUUGGAUACACGAAAGGAGCUCCGGGACCCAAGGGAGAAACGGGAAUGGCUGGAAUGCCAGGAGACGAAGGUCUUCCAGGCGAGAGAGGGGAAGAUGGAACGCCUGGAGCAGCUGGAGAGCCUGGGCCUCAGGUAAGGCUCCUAAAAAACUGGAAAGUUUGAAAUCAAACAUAGGAUUAACUAUCAAAAACAUUUCCGAUCAUAAUCAUGCAGGAAAAGCUUUUCAGGGUCCUGCUGGUGAAAAAGGUCCAGACGGAUUUCCAGGACUGCCUGGAGCUGCUGGAGGACAAGGUAACGUUCAUUUCAAUACUACCUUGUAUUGAUCUCCAAAUUUUUCAGGUGAAGACGCUGCUUAUUGCCCUUGCCCUUCAAGAAAGUCUGACGCUGCUAUCGAAACUGCUGGAGAAGGUUCUUUUGCUUUUCCUCUCCAAUGUUAUGAACCCUGAAUCAACAGGAGGCAAUGAAAACUACGUUAGCGAUGCCGCUGUGAACAGUCCUGCUCCUGCUUAUCCCGACAAGCCGGAAGUUGCCGCAGUGGUAAGAACCCUUUUUGAAACUGUUGAGAAUCAAAAAAUUACAGCAAGUAGCCGCUGAAGGAGACAAAUACGAAGAGAAAACCGUGAGUUCUUCUUUUGAAAUUAUUCAUUUCGAAAAUUUCCAGGAAGCGCCUGCCGUAGUUGCCGUGGCUGGAACCGCACCCGAAGCAUAUCCAUCAAAAGACAAAGUAAUGAAAUUUUCAGCUUAAGAGGCUUCUGAAAACGAAUUUUCAGGCUCGGCGACGUCAUCGUCUCUUCCGUACCAAAUUUUGA